AGUGAGCGAGAUUUGGUCUUUCUCCGAAGAUGGCGUCGUCCUCCUCAGCUGAGGGCAUGUCCAUCACUAAGGGAGGAAGUAUAUUAGUAAAAGUUGAAGAUCUCAUUGGAGAAUUGAUUUCUGUCAAGCUUAUAGAUGGGGAUAAAAUCUUCCGUGGAAUUUUACUGCAAGAAACUAUUGGAAAAUUCAAUGAAUAUGGGACAAAUUUAGAAAGAAUAACUAGUGCACCAUUUUGGCCUCCUUUAAGUGGAACAGCAUCAGGGAUAAACCUCAAAACUAUUCCUUGUUCAACUGAACGUUAUUCCUACAAAUUGGAAGGCCAACCCUCAAAUUUAAAUGUCUUCCAGCCUGAUCCAACAAAACGAAGUCAUCGAAACCAACCAGCCCCACAAUUGUCACGAAUAUUACGACCUCGGCGAUUUGUUUGUCGAAAAUGUAAAAAAGCAUUCCAUUUAGAAGAACAUGGUACGGAACUUUCCUCUUCCUUCCUCACUGAUCAGAUAGAUCGUCGCACUUCGGAUUCAUCUGCCCUAAAUUCAGACAACGAAAUAAAUCAUUAUCUUCCUAAAAGCAACUUUUCUGAACAAAUUACACUAGCGACACUCAAUGGAAAUUCUCAGUCUAUUCGCCACGUCACUCCACCAAUCAUCCCCAAACUAAAUGAAGAAAUGAAGAUAAAUGUGGAUGAUUCGUCAAAAUCAGAAAUUGAUUCUAGUUCUGAUAUACGCUCAAAAUCUAAAAAGCAUUUUAUUUCUGAACAGUCGACUAAGACUCCAGAAUCGUUAGAACCGAAAUUAGUCAUGUCGAAGAAACGGAAAGUCGAUGUUAUUCCCGAUAAGCAAAAGCUGAAGAAGAUUAGACUAGGUUCUCAGAAACCCACUGAACCGAUUAAUGUUAGUAAUACAGUCCUGGUCGCAACACCACCUGUCGUUGAUCCGGAUUCAUCUGACCCUGCAGUACCUUCAUCGGAGGAAACCAAAGAUUUUCCUACUUCUCCAAUCCUAGUCGGUAAGACAGAUUCUUUUGAUUCUCUUUCGUCUCAGGAACAAACUCGUAAGAAUCGAAUCAAAGCUCAAUACGUAUCUGUCACCUCUCCAUUUCGUUAUCCGUUUGGGAAAAAAACUAGAAUCUCUUCCAAACAAGAAAUUGGAAAUAUCAACUCGAUUAGUGAUAGCAGAAUAAAAGUUGAACCAAACGCUACUCGCAAAGGUUCUGAAAAAUCAGAAAUAAUUUCAUUAACAUCUUCAAAAACGAAUCUUGGCGUACGAAAAAACUCUCGAUACCGUACUCGUACUCAGCUGAACCCACUUUCUGUCACUUUGGAUUCACUGGGUCCUUCUUGUUCUGUGAAAGAUUUAGAAAGUCGUUCAGAAGUGGAUGAAAUUCUACCUAGUGAUUCUCUUGAUGGUGAUUUUCCACAAAAAGAAAAUAUCCCAAAUAGUAUAAGCCCACGCCUGUCAAGCCCAUCUAAGGAGAAGCAUUCUGCUUCCGUACAGUUAACUUGUAAAACGUCUACGUAUGGACACAAUUCUGCCUCAAACAAUUUUGGGAUUUCUAUGAGUGAGAGUAAUUUCUCUCCACAAAGUCGACGUAAAGCUUUUGAUUACGAAAAACCAAAAAACAGAUGGAUGCGUGAAGCACGAGCUAGAAGGUGUCAAGAUGAACGAAACAGUAAUCCUAGUUCCACUGCAGCAAGUCAUAUUUCAACUUCAUCCAAUAAUACAGAUACGGAAAACUCUGCAUCAUGUAAUGCACAAUCUCCUAGUUUAAACCGACUGCGAAUUCGGUCAGGUGAUGGAUCUAGUGUUAGUCCUAGCGAAAGUACUUUAAAAAGUAAUAGCAAUGUAUCUUCUAAGGUUAAGUUGCAUAAUGGGUCGUUAAGCAAUCGUAACAUUGAAUCAGGGGACGCUUCACAGUCCGAGAAAUAUUUGGACAUAACUGACCAAAAGUCUACAUCUCAUGUGUCUCCAUGCUUGACCCCGACAAGUGAUAGUUCUGGUCUUGCCCUUCCUGUAAUAAAGAUUAAAAUUAAUCGGAAUAGACAACCUUCUGGGUGUUCGAAAACUGUACCGACGCAAUAUGAAGUUGUCAAGUUACAGAGUGGUUCACAUCUAGAAUUAGCUACUUCGGCUUCUAAAGUUGUGAGUGAAGAAAAUAGUUCAAUAGCGAAUGCGAAUCCAUCUGCUUUGAAGUUAGACAUUCUUUGCAAUGGUUUACGUUCACCGUCAUCGUCACCAUCCGCCAGUUCUUCAAAGAAGGGAUCUACAUGCGAGAGUUUAAUAAUAUCAGGUCCUUUAGUAAAACGCUGUAAGUUACAUGACGGCAUUGUUUUUCGUGUCGGUGACCUAGUUUGGAGCAAACUUUCAGGAUGGCCUUACUGGCCUGCACAGAUUACUAGCAUACAACGUGUAGUUGCCAAUGAAGUUGAUUUACCGAAUUCUGAACAAGUACGCCCCGUCGUGGAUUUCCAAGAACAGUCAUCUCCACUUUUAACAUCAGAGCAGGUUUGUUAUACUGCCUGUCUUCAUUGGUUUGCUUGGAAUCAGGUGUCAUACAUGCCAUGUGAUAAAUUAUUUCAUUUCCUAGAACAUUGUAAACGAUUUGAUAACAAAAAGAAACGUGGAGUUUUUCGCCAGGCAGUUAAUGAAGCAAAACAAGCGGCAGAAAAAAGGCAAGAAACUCACUCUACUGAUAGUGAAAGUGAAUGGGAUCACGAAGUUUUUAGCAGCACAAUACAUCAACAAUCUUUAUCUCAGCCAUCUGAAAUAUCUGUUCUCGAUGAUGCCAAACAGUUGAAGGUUUCACAAACUGCAUCAUCACUAUCCAUUCCCGACAUAAACCUUGGUGUAGAAGUGAACGCGACCACAAAGCGAAGUAAACAUCUAAAUAACAAAGUAAGAAAAAACAAAACCAAAGUCUCUUGUGAGAAACAAGAACCUUCGAUGUUAUGUCCAUCAGUUGUUGAUUCUUCGAAUGUAUCCUUAGGUCAAAGUACCUAUAAUAACAUAGGCGGGGAAGUCACUGCGUCUAUAGAAUCAAACUUACAUGUGAUAUCUAAACGUAAAUCAAAACAGCAGACUAAAAAUAAGGUUUAUGCUAAUACUUCUGAAGAUAAAAAGUUGUUGGUAGAAGAGUACAAUUCUUCUUUAACAAAUAAUAAAUCUAAUGUUCGUUUAAAAAUCAUUCUUUCGAAACCGAAAUUGAGAAGUAAGCUCAAGUGUGCUGAAGUUUUGAGCAAUAAUGCACAAAAUUCUUUUGAAAAUGAAGUUAACAAUUCUUCUUCAUUACCGAAUAUAGAUGUCCCAAUUACUAAUAACAAAAUACAUCAACUUGUUGAAAAUUCAUCAAAAGAAGACACAGAAAGUCCAUUUACUUCAGGGAUUAUUCCUGAAUCAAAUAUAUCAACUACCGAUUCACAAGACUUUGAUAAAACAUUUAGUGCCACACAUUCAGAACUCCUAACUCAAUUCCCACAUGUAUUUCCGGAUCUCAAAGUUUCAGGUAUUCUAUCCGACACAGUCGAUAUACCUACAUUUUCUGAGGAUGAAUCUGAAGAAGAAGAUGCUGGUCGUUUGAUUAUUGAUCCUGAUGUAAUGGCUUCAGUCAACGUUCCCUUAUCAACUGGUAAUCAUCAUUACAUUACCGAGACUUUAAAACAGGAUCCGGAUGUUCUUCGAGAAGAUUUAUACAGUCUUUCCUCCGAUAAUAUGUCCUAUAACCAUGAACUAUCAUCUCAAGCAUUUGAUAGUAUUCAUCCAUACUCUCGAACGUCUUCAACUACUCUUACACAACCGUCGAUGUCGAGUUUUGGUAAUCCAGUUUACUCAUCAUCCGAUUCAUUUACUCAUUCUUUCAAUUCCUCAACAUAUUCAAUGGAAUGUCUAAUAUCUCAACCAGUUUCAGUUUAUCCAACACAUAAUCAGUCAUUGAUCCAAACUGUUGUGCCAAGAUUAACAACUCCACCUAUUUUGGCGUCAUCUACUGUAUCGAACCUAUCAGUACCCAGUAGAAGUGCUUAUUUUCAAUCUAACCAUCUUAAUGUUCCAUCAACUACAACGCAUAACGUUUCCUAUGUUACUACUGAGUACUCAACAUUAUAACUGUAAGUUAACUAUUUGCUUACUUCCUUGGCACUAUUCCAUUGACUCCUUAUUUUCGUAUUUCUGUGCUUGUCAACAUCACUACACUUACUUUGUAUUCCUAAACAGCUUGAAACUUUUAAGGUUAUUAUUGACUUUAAGGCGACAUUCGAUUGACUGAUAGGCUUUGCGAAAGUUUUUGUUUUCACAAUCUGUACCAAAGAAGUACACAAGCAUUGUAAAUGUUGUUUGCUCAAAUACUGCUACUUGAGUCAAAGCUUGUGAAGAUUGUUACCAGAUUUUUAAACAUCAACUGUUUUUCGUUAGGGCUGCCAACUUUACCCAUUUCCACUUUACCUUGUUCUAGUCAUUCUUUCAGAGAUAACACUCGUCUUACUUUUCAGGAACUGACCUCCUGUCAGGUGAUUUUAUAGAGAUGGUCGAAUUGCAGGGUUUUCUGAUCACCGUGUAUUUUAUGACGUGUUUCUUCCUCUUAAAAGGCAAAACAUACCUUCAUGACUAUCUGUGGUAACAUCUGAAUCGAUGGUAAAAUUCAUGUAGUUGAGUUUAUUGACCUCUUCACUUAUCUUGAAAGUCUUGUCAGCCCUUGUGAAUUGGUGUUUGAUAAUAUCUUCGCGUGGACUCAGAUAGCUGACUUUGACUUUGUAAACUUUCACCAAUCAUGUCGUACUCGAGAUGUCUGUACGCCUAUUAAAGGACAAUUAUGCUGUAUAACAGUUCUCUCUAUUAUACUUUAUGACCGUAAAACGCAGUUAUCGGAAGUAGAGAAUAUUUGUAGAUCAUCACUAUAAAUCAACUCUGUCCAAAUUCUAAUAUCUGUGCUGGUAUUUUAUUAAAGCAUUGGUCAAUACAAAUUUGUACCAGUUGAGUCGAUUUUGAUUAACCAACCAUAUAUAUUAGCAAACGUUGUACAGUUUAAAUAAAUGAUUUCGUCGAAAAGAAAAUUUUCUUCGUUUUGUAAUGUUUUGAUAAGGGAAUGUUAUUUGUAGAUAAAAGUCAGAUGCUGUUAUUUCAAUAUUCUAUGUGUGAUACUCAAAAAGAGCUCUAAAUUGUAGAAUCUCUUUUGUUCGGUAUGAUCCGUGUUUAUAUUUUAUCAAAUUGUUGUCGUGCAUUUAAAGUACCAUGUAUUAAAAUUGGUAUGAUUGAAAUUAUUCAUGUGUGUAUCCAAUCUUAUACUCUUGUCUCAUGAGCUACCUUUCCAAUUGGGUAUGUUUGUAAUCUUUUUCUGAAAUCUGUCAGUAAUUUUAUACUGUCAACUCUCAAGUUAAUCACGAAAUGUGAAGUGAUCACACUAUCAGUCUAUCCAAUUACGGUGUUCCUCUCUUUACCCGAUACUAUGUGUUUGCUGGAAUUCCAAAUACAUUAAGAGCGGAAAUAUAUAACACGAGCUGUUAUUUGAAAACAAUUUCAUGUAUAGAAUUUAUUCCUAUUUCCAAAUAAGUCACAAAUCCCCUAUUAUUCAACGGUAAAAUCUCUAAUUAGUACCUGGAACUACUUAACGAGCUUUAUGAUUUUUUCACCAUUUUAGAUACAUCUCAUCAACUGACAUCACCCAAAAAUUAAAAUGGAAUCUACGAUUCACUUAUAGCUGUUACUUGAAAUGAUUCAGUACAAAUCAUUGUAAAAUAUGGUUGUAAUUUUCAUCAUAGAUUUAUGUGCUUAACUAGUAUUUCCAAAUAUUAUUUCAUUUCUACUGUAUAUCUCCCUUCCAAAAUCUCUUCAGUAUGAGUUAAUUAUUUUUUCUUUUAACAUUUGGAUUUAAUUAAUCCCUCCCUGUGAUGAUGAUCUUGGCGUUUAACAUUAGUCAGCACCGAUUUUUUUCUCUUACUACUAUUUCUUUGGGACAAUAAAUGAAAACCAUUAUUAGACUUUCGUCCAGACAACAUUUAACAAAAGCAUCUGUGAAAUGAUGAUAUAAUACCUCUUGUUUAUUCUUUUGUAUAUUUUAUAUAUAUAUUUAUCUCAACGCCUCUCCUCCGCUCUUUCUUCCUUGCUUGUGAUUUGUGAUGUUUCUGAACACCAUGUGUACAUAUAUACAUAUUUAUUCAAUAGUUAACAUUGCUUUAAAUUAUCUCCUGUUACCGUUAUUUUCUAAAAUCAUUGUAAAUUAUUAACUUCCUUGCUUAAGGUUCUGGGUGCGUGUGCAUAACCCCUUAGGAUUCGUGAGUUUACUUAAAAUACUGUCUUCCUUUUUG